AUGGCCAAGAAGAACAAGAGCAAGAAGAAUAAGAAUAAGAACCUUGACGAAGCUUCAUCGUCCAACCUCAUUCCCAACUCACCACCACCACCACUACUACUACUACUACUACCUCCACAUCCACCACCUGUUCGUCCCAAGAGAACCAUCGCUGAUCAGCGUCUGUAUAACAAGAUGGAAAAAGAGGCUUUAGCUAUAGCUACCACCGCUUUUACGAAGUAUGAUUGCGACUCGAGUAUUGCCGAGGAGAUAAAGACGGAGUUUGAUAGCAGAUAUGGCCCCACUUGGCAUUGCAUCGUUGGUAGCAGUUUUGUGUCGAAUGUAUCUUAUGAACCACACUUCUACUUUUUUUUGUAUAUCGCUCCCAAAGACAUUUUACUUUUUAAAUGUGGAUAG